AUGAAAGCCAUCGAGAAACUAAAUGUGCUCCCAAGCAGAUAUAUACCUAGCUACUCCAUUGGGAGUCUUAUCACAAUACUAGACCGUCUAAGUACGGAGUCAUUGUACCAACUUUGCAUCCAUUGGACCAAAUCAGUCAAUACACAACCAUAUGUUCCCCAAGACUCUAUCUACACACAACAAGGACUCUGUAAUAAACUUAUCAAAGAGAUCAAAUCACUUCUAAAGAAUACACAUAGUGGAAAGACAGAUAUUAUUCGGAAAAUAACCUACGAGUAUUGGUCAGAUGGAUUAAAUCUACAACAACUUGCGCAGAUUGAUUGUCAAUUGGUAAUAGACGGAUCUGGGCAUUUCAAUUGGCACUUCUCAAGAAUACUAGAUGUGGAAGGAAAUGAAUUUUGUCUUGAUGUAGACCCUCAAUUGUUUGCCCAAGAUGUGGCAUCGAAAUUGUCCAAACUUUACCUCACUCAUGUUUACAUCUUGAAACAUCCGCGUUUAUCCUUGCAUAUAAUUAGGAUUCAAGUGUUUGAUUUAAAUCAGAAAGAAGGACUUUUGGACCUAAAUAAACCACAGGUAUCAUCCUAUAGACCUUACUUUAUUUGUUUACCUACUGAAACAACCUACAUUUUUCACUCUGUGAGUUAUGAUGGCAUAGUUUGCAAGCUGAUAAUGCAAACAAUUGAACAGUGCCUACCCACACAUGAACAAAACCAACUCAAAAUUGAUACACCAUCUGAUCAGAAACCGAUCACAUCACUAGAGACCAUCUACACGUUAAAGAGUAGCCCGCGAUUGGGGAAAAGUUUGGGUAUAUGGUCACCAUACGCUGAUGGAGUUAUUGAUAUCGCUCCGUUAGGUGUAUUGGAUAAACAUUCAACGCUACAAGAACAUUCAAAUCAUAAAGAAGACACUAUAGAAGCUAAGCUACAGGACAUUGCAAGUCUUCGAUUUCACGGAGUUACCAACGAUGUAAAUUCUCCCAAUCGUGCUUCAAGAAAACGACGAUUUGCAGCUAUUGAUGAGUCCGAAACAAACUCAUCCAAAUCUCAUUUUACAUCACGUUUCCCAUUGCAGCACACCAAGUUCGUGAUACAGGAGCCAAUAAACCAAAACGAACUUAUCAGGUCCAAUAUUAAACUCAAACUCUCCGGAACUGACGUAUUUGGUGGCCUACAUGAACUAUCCGUAGCCACUUCUGAUCCAAAGAAAAUGAUCAUAAACCCUGAAGAAAUACCUCAUUGGUUAACAGGAGAAGACGGUGCUACAUUUGGCCAUAUAAGAGAUGGAAAAUUUCAUUCCUAG